AUGACUUCCUUCGCGCUCAUUGACACCCGUCGCGCGCAGCAUUCUAUCAAGGUGACCGGUGAAGGUGGAGGAGGAUGCCCUGUGUAUGCCUUGGCCAUAUCGCCAUCGGGGACAUUCCUAGCAGCCGGUGACUUGAACGGUGUCAGGCUCUGGCACCUUGCAAGCCAGAAAGAGGUGGAGGUGCCCAGCGUCUGGGGCAUACGAGGUGCGGUCACGAGCAUUGUCUGGCUACAACGGGACCUGGGGGAGACAAUGAUUUACGGUACAAGUCUCGGCUUUCUUGUCUGCUGGAGGCAGAAUUCGAAUAAGUUCAAGGAGCUGUGCUGGGUACGAGCUGGAGAGCAGCAGAUUACAUCUGUCAACAUCGACCCAGCCUCAGGGCGCAUCGUAUCAUGUAUUCGGGAUGGGACAGUAUCAACCUGGAUCUUGGACCAGGAGGAAAGGCUUGAGGGUAUCUUCGCCGUUCAAGUGGAGAAGACAAAUCCCAUCGCAGUAUCGAUCCAAGGUAACACAACCAAGGACCUCCUGCUCUUCACAAUGGCAGGCAAAG